AUUAUUUAAAAUAGAGCCUCAAGGAGGCCAACGUGAAAGAGAGACCACCGAAAGGUUCAGCACUGCUGCUGCUCCUUACCUCCAUUGAAGAGCCAAAAUUGAACUUGUUUUUCUUUUUCGGAUUGCCUCGAGACCACUUCAUCGCAUCUCUUCUAUCAGAGCUUUCUUGUGUGGCUGUGGGGCAAGGCACAGGUCAGCUAGGAAGCGUAGAGAGGUGCUCCUUGGUGAAAGUCGAGUCCUUGUGGACAAGCUAGAGGCCGAGCAUUUGAUCAGCUCUACACCGACAUCUAUGGGACUCUUGCUUCAAGAGGAUCAGAGCCUCGAGCUCUACCCGGAACUAACUGAUUUGUCCGCCUUUACGGAUAAUUUCACUCACCCUCACUUGCUCCACAUGAUCAUGCUGGUGUGGAACUGCAGUGAAGCGACGAAUCAUAACUUUCGAAGGACUGUCCUGGAUUUGGUCAGUGCUCACCGACCGAAUAUACUACUGCUCACGGAGAUCAGAGUGGAUGGAGAGCGAGUUGCUGCCAUAGCAAGAUCGCUGCCCUUCAAUCAUUUUCACUGCACUAAAAUGAUCGGAUUCUCAGCGAGUCGACUUGCGAAUCAUAGCCACCGCCAAACAGGAGAUUCAUGCCUUGGUUGAGGUCAUCCCUUCUCACCUUUUUGGUUUACUUAGUGUCGUUUAUGCCUGCCAUAAUUUAAUUGAUAGGAAUAAUUUGAUUACGUUGUCUAAUGCUCAUGACUUGCCUUGGACUGUUUUGGGGGACUUUAAUGACAUCCUUGAUCCUAGUGAGAAA